UAGAAUUACUCGUGCGGUCGAUGUGUCCACAGGGUUUUAUUAAAACACUUGGAAGACUUGACGCAUUCCAUUUACCAGAGUUCGUCCACCAAACAUGAGUACUAAGGCCAUACCCAGCUCUUACACUAUUGAUGGAUUGUUGGGACUCAACCGAGACGAUGAACACAAACAGCGUACAAAACUGGAACGUGUUUUCGACGAAGCAGUAGACCGUAAGCUGGGUCACAGCACAGAAGAGAGAAAACAAGGUAGCGAAUAAGCGGCCUCACUUGUUAGCUCACACAGCUCUUUAAAUCUUUCGAUGUCGUCUACAAAUAAGCUGGAAAUUAAAUUGGGUGUAUAACGCCUUUUCACAUGCCAGAAUUUUCCUUUCAAUACUGGUGGCAUUUUGCUGUCGUUAACUGGGGCGGACUACAUCAAUAUCUCGUCACUUUAAUUAUUUUUAUAUGUAACUUUAAAAUCUUUGUGAUUCAAUUGGGAAAAGAGAGCUUUAACCACAUUGUUCGCUUCAUAAAGGCGAAAUGGUUUCAAGGCAAAAUGAUUCUUCCAAAUGAUUUCAUUAUGGUGUUCAAGAUUAGUUCUAAUUGUCAUACUAGCAUUAGACACAAAUCGUCUUAAUUUUUUUAAUCUAAUAAUCACCCUUUUUUCUUCGUUGAAAACAGCAGACCACAAUCUAUCCGGGUUUUUUUCCUUAGAGAACGAUGCGGAAGCAAAUUCAGCGGAUCAGAAACACGAUGAUACUAAAAGUGGAGAUGAACUUAAAGUGAAAAGCGACGAUGAAGAAGAUCAGGAGAGUAAUUGUUCACCAGGAAAACUUAGGAAACAGCGUCGAUACCGUACAACCUUCACAAGCUAUCAACUGGAAGAGUUAGAAAGGGCUUUCUCUAAGACUCAUUAUCCAGAUGUGUUCACAAGAGAGGCACUGGCCAUAAAAAUUGAUUUGACUGAAGCGCGUGUUCAGGUAUGAAUAUCUCAAAUGUUUCCUUGACGUGCCAUAUACACAGCCGGCCGGCUGAUGGGCUAAGUAGCAGUCAACAGUAUUGUUCAAAUCACUAGAGCAAUUUAUGAGCUGAUUUGUUCUUUGGCUAAUUAAAUAGUCCAAUUUAGUUGCGGACGCAAACCUCCUUAUUGGCAGAGAUAAAAAGUGGAAACGAAUUAAACUCCACAAAUGAGAGGCAUUUGUCAGUGAUGGGUGAUAAGGAGGACUAUCACUAAACUAUUACAACAAGGAAAUUAAUAUACAUGGCAAUUUUCCAAAGCACUUGAAAUACAAUUGCCAAUGGCGAUUAUUCAAAUAAAGGCGUCGAUAGAUUUUGUGAUGUUUAAGGUGUAUCACGAAUCAGUUUAUUCAGUGUUGUUGAUUGCACAGCACUGCGGUAGUUAGUAGAUCUUAAGGCGUCUUGCUGCGGCCGAAUUAGUGUGAAUGUAUCGAAAACUCUGUGAGAAGUCACACUUCAUUGAUUCAAAACUGCUAUGGAUAAUUUUUGUUUCUACUUUAAAUUAAAAAAGCUAAGUGCCUUACUAUAUUGCCAAUUUAUUAAAUUUCUCGUUUUCAAAACAAUGAUUAACGACAUUCUCGUGGUUAUGCAAAAUUGAUGUUAAUUUUAGAUUUGUCUUUGGUUGUAGGACAAGAAUAACAUUUAUUGAGACAAAAUCUGAUGAAAAAGGGUCGAUCGUUUUUUUGGGCUCUUCAGUAUUGUUUCUCGUGCAAUAUAAAGGCGAUGAAUACUGUUAACUUUUUCAAAACAGGUUUGGUUUCAGAACCGACGAGCGAAAUGGCGUAAGCGUGAGAAGGCUCAAGGUGUCCGCCUCCAUGCUCCACUUGGACUGGGUAACACUUUAGUUCCUCCUCCACUGUCAGCUUACACCUCAGAACUAACGGCUGCUAGCAGGAACCAUGAUCAAGAAUGGGAUUGUGGUUUUUCCUCCGCAAUGCCGCCUCACCCGCCGCCUUCUUUUCCGGCCCUCCGACUUCCCUUACACCCCGCGGCUUGCCCACAGUCAGGUAGUAUGGCCCACUUUUAUUCACCGUAUUACACCCACCACUCGGAGUACUUUUCGGCGGCGGCCAUACUGAGCGGCGGCAAUGGCAGCAGCUCACUUCUAACGGCAACCUCCGUGCCCUAUAAGUCACCAGUGUUUAAACUCUCUCCCGUUGUGUCAUGUGGUUCAUCUCCUCGAAGCGUUUCACCGGUAGAGCCAGACAGAAGAACAACCAGUAUCGCGGCACUUAGACUGAAAGCACGAGAACACGCCGCCUCCUUGAGCUGUGUCUCUUCCACUGAAUGAUUUGCUUUUGAUCAUAUUUCACACGUGCUGCUUACGUCUGAGUAAAUUUUAGGAAAGAAAAUAGACACUACUUGUGAACUCGUUCUUUCAGCAUAAAUUUUUAAUUAGUUUCUCAAAGGAUCACCCCUUCAUUUCUUCCUCUAUUGUAAAGUAUAUAUCGACAGAAAAACAGGUAUCUGGUAAAGAUUUGUACGUUGUCUCGAACUGUUCGCGAAUUCUAUCGAAUGUCUUGGACUUCAAGAGUUGUUAAUUUGUUUGGGGCGCGACUCCCACUACAACCACCCGGUCAAUAAUUUAAUAAACGUCUUUGUUUGCGUUACUU